CAUCCAUUGAAGGCAGGAGAAGCCACACAGAGAAAGAGAGAAGAGAUAAGGAAUGGCUUCUCUUGUUCAAAUACAAGAGACCCCAACAUGGAAGAAGCUAUUAGGUUAUGUAGGCCCUGGUUUUCUAGUUUCCGUGGCUUACCUCGACCCUGGAAACUUGCAGACGGAUUUACAAGCCGGAGCUGACCACAAAUUCGAGUUGUUGUGGAUCGUUCUUGUUGGACUGACCUUCGCCUUGAUAAUUCAAUCUCGCUCAGCAAACCUGGGAGUCGCCACAGGGAAACAUCUAUCUGAGCACUGUAAGGCUGAAUACCCAAAGAAGGUAAAUUACUGCCUCUGGAUCCUCGCCGAAAUUGCCAUCAUCGCCGCCGACAUCCCUGAAGUGAUAGGCACCGCCUUUGCUCUCAACAUACUUAUGAAAAUACCCAUCUGGGCUGGAGUGCUCCUUGCUGGACUAAACACUCUUCUUCUCCUGGGCCUACAAAAAUAUGGGAUAAGGAAGCUGGAGAUGGCAAUAGGAGUUCUUCUAAUGGUGGUGGGAAGUUGCUUCUUGGGAGUGAUGGUACAUGCCAAGCCCGAUCCUAGAGAGAUCGCCAUUGGAAUGUUUGUCCCCAAAUUGAUGGGUAAUCGAGCAGCCCGAGACGCAGUUGCACUGUUGGGAGCUCUCAUCAUGCCGCACAACCUCUUUCUUCAUUCAGCCUUAGUUAUCUCAAGGAAAGUCCCUCACUCCUUCCACGGCAUCAAUAGUGCAUGCAAGUACUUCUUGAUAGAAAGUGGUCUAGCUUUGUUCCUCGCAUUUCUGAUCAAUGUGGCAGUUGUCUCGGUUAGUGGUAGCGUCUGCUCAAAGCCUGAUCUGUCUUUCCAAAACAAAGCACAUUGCAACAACAUUACCCUCGAUUCCGCGGCUUUCUUGCUCAAGGAUGGACUUGGGAAUUGGAGUUCAAAACUAUACGCCCUGUCAUUGCUUGCUUCAGGUCAGAGUUCUACUGUCACAGGAACCUAUGCAGGCCAGUAUGUUAUGGAGGGAUUUUUGGAUCUAAAGAUGCAGGUUUGGUCAAGAAACCUGCUUACUCGAUGUAUUGCAAUUGUGCCAAGCCUAGUAGCUUCUAUUGUUGGUGGCUCAUCUGGAGCUGGAAGCCUAAUUAUCUUUGCUUCGUUGAUCUUAUCAUUUGAACUACCGUUUGUGUUGAUUCCACUCCUUCGGUUCACUAGCAGCAAAACCAAGAUGGGUUACCACAAGAGCUCUCUAAUGGUAACCUUAGCUUCAUGGUGCUUAGGGUUGUGUUCGAUUGGGAUCAACUUAUACUUUGUAGGUGCAAGUUUGAUGGAUUGGAUGAUGAGCAACCAGAUGAGCAAAUUGGGUUCCUUCUUCACAGGGAUUCUGAUUUUCCCAAUAAUGAUGGUUUAUAUGGCAAUGUUGGCCUACUUGACAUUAAAAGGGGAGACUACUGCUCCGACUGAGACUCCACGGUGGGCGACAUACACAGUUGGGACUAUUAAUGAAACUGAAUUACAGAGAGGAAGCCCUGCUAUGAUGAGCCCUAAAAUGGUUGACGAAGUGGAGGUGGAUGAUAUUGUUUCUACAUAAUUAUAACUCAUAAACCUAUUUGGUUGUUUGUACUCAUCAAAAAA